AUGCCUUCAAAUAUAAAUUGCUGGAAUGGAGAAGAUUUACCCCCUCCUUCAUUAAGACCUCUAUUUUCUUCAAACAAAACUUCAAAACAAAAUUCAAAAUCAAACAAAAAUGAAUGGAAAGAAUUGGAAGAAAGGCUGGAAAGAUUGAAUGAACCUAUUGAAUCUGUUAAAGAAGAAAAAAAGAAAAUUCAAGGAAUUGGACAAUUAGAAGAAAGAUUGGCUGCUUUGCGUGGAGUGGAUGUUGAUAUUAUUAGAAGGCCGGGAUUGCUUGUAGUAAAUCAAGAGGAAGGUCAAACAAAUGGUGAUGAUGAACGUUAUGAAAAUGAGGCUAUAAAAUUAUUGAAUGAGGCCGAACAUUCACUUCAACUAGGUAAACGAUUGCCGUCUUCUACUUCCAAUCCUCACAAUAAUUCUGCUCCGAAUAAUAAUUUAAAAUCUUCUGGGUCAAAUCAAGAUUGUUCUUCGAUAAAUUCUUCGGUUAUAAAUGAGACAAUUGCACAAAUAACAGCAUCUAAGAAGAAUGAGAACAGUACUGGUAGUAUAAGCAGUUUGGAUCAACAAAGUUUAUAUCCUAGCCUUGAAGAUUGUGUGAGAAAAACUUUGGAGGACGCUAAAAACGCAGAAAAUGAGGCGGUUGAAUUCCUUCGUUCCCAUGGACAACAACAAUCAUCGAAUAAUGAGGAAAAUGAAAAUAACAGAAAUACUGGGGAACAACAAACAAAUAAUCAACAAAAACAUAAAAAUCAAAAUUUACAUAAACUUUAUUCAUUUUUUAAAAAACCUUUGUUUCGUUAAUUUAUAUGGAAUUUUUUA